CAGUUUUUGCUACGGUCCCCAGGCGAAAGGUUGUUCUGUUCGGCCAAGUCUCGGAAUUCGGAUCGUAUCGCAACGGGGGAAAGAAAUAAAAACAACAAGCUGAAACCGUAUACUUAAUACGCGUGUGUGUAGCUCAAAAAAACAAGAAAAAUAUAAAUAAACAAAACUACAUUGCUACGUCAGAAGACUACAAACAAAAGAUAUGAACGCAGCGCUGACGUCGCCGCCAAGCGAUUUGCGUGCACUUCAAGGGGAGGAGAACUGCAUUCGGGGCCCUCGCUCUCCUCCGAUCUUUCCGAUCAGCAGUGCCUUGAGAUUGCCGCUCUCGAAGUGAACGUUCCGAUGUGGAAACCUUAUACACAUGUCUAACUACACAAGCUAAUCCCAGCCAGACCAAAUCAGCUUUGAAUCGGCAGCAUAAGAACUGGACUAACUUAAUGCUAUCCCGCUGCACCAGUCGGAACGGAAGGAGGAAGUAGUUUGGAAUUUCGCUUUGGAUCGAUAUCAUGAGCUCGCGAGGAACUGGUUUCGUCCUGAACGCCCAGUCCAUGGGCCUAAAUAUCUCGAGACCGCCAUCACCAUCACCGCCACCGGCCAGUUCCAGGUGUCAGGAAUCGCAGCAGAGCAAUGCCUCCCAGCUGGGUGUCCUGACGGGGGAGGGAUCCUCCCUGGAGGCCUCGACCCAGUCCCAGUGCAAUUCCAGCACGGAGUCCAUAUCCACCGAUUAUUACCGCUGCCUGCUCCAAAAGCUGCCAGACGCCAACGACGAUGGCAAGAUGAACUUCGAGCUGAACAACAUAUUCCUCAAGCGGCUGGAAGAGAUUGACAGCCUGGACGGCCAGGGAGGUGAUGCAAUGUACACCUCGCAGCUGCGUCUGGUCACUUAUCAGGAGUGGGUGGACUUCCUGCUCCACGUGAACCACGUGAUCCUGGGCAACAUGUCGGAUCUGGAGGAGGAGGCCUACGGCAAGAUCAUGGACUGCUUUCAGUCGGCCCAAGGAGAGCAGCAACAGGCGCUGGAGGUGAAUCGCAAGCUGCAGAAGGACAUUUGCAAGCUCAUAAAGCUUGUGCAGACUGCCCACCAUCGCGGCAUUUGGGACCUGAAAGGCCUGUCCCUGGAGACCAUGACCGUGAAGGAACUGAUGGGCGUGGGAGAGGAUGAGCCCCUGCCGGAAAGCGAGAGCGAGAAGAUGGCCGAGUGCAUGAAGUCUCUGGUCAGCGAGAUGGCCGCCAAGCACGACGAGCUCUGCCACCUGAAGUCCCAGAUCAGCGUCCUGGAUGAAGUGAUCAUCACGGCCAGGCAGAAGCUGCUCCUCAAGGAUCAGUGCAUAGCCCAGCUCCAUCAGCAGCUGCAAGAGAUCACUGAGUGCUUUGCCACCAUGUCAGAGCAUACGAAAUGCGUGGGUCACUCUACCAAUGUAAAUUCCAGCGGGGAUUUGGAACACGAUCGGGCAAAGGCGGAGGAGUCCGCCAGCGAUACGCUGACCGCCGAUACGAUCACAAACAACAUGCUGGAGAAUCUCACGAUGCAGGACUCCCAGGAGAGCGAGAUGCUCCGGAUGCUGAACAGGGAGCUCAACGAGCUCUUCGACUUGCACCACAAACAGGACUACCAGGCCAUGGAAUGCAGCCGGAAACGUCUGUCUUGCUUCUUCGAAAAGUUGACAUCAGAGCGUGAUGAUACCGUGAAGAAACUAGAGAGCAUUCGUAGUCAUCUGAGGAUCCUUCAAUCGGACAUAGACCAAUCCUGGCUAAGCUCAGUUAACCCACGGACAGGUCCCGGUGAUCCUGACACCCAGAUGCUGGAAGCCCUACGAAGACGAAUGCACAACCUUAGCCAAAGUAACCGGGAAUUGCACGGAAAGUACCAGCGCCUCGAUACCGAGUCAAAAAUCAAAAUUUCAGAGCUGCAGGCCAGGAUUGAAUCUGAAAGCGGCUUCAGUCAGAGGAAUAGCGAUAUCCUAAAGGAGAUCGCCGAAAUGAUUUGCAAACUGGGUUCUGUGGAAUUCUCCUACAACGAAAUCUACGAGGAAUCCUCGACAGAAAAUCCCUUCUGUGCGGCCAUCAUGGAAAUAAUCGAGCAGAGAUCCGAGCAGGAGCAGAAACAAAUGGCAUGUAACGAACACCUCGCCUGCCAAAUCCAAGGACUGCAGAACAAUCUAAAGGAUCGAGAUAAUCAGAUCGACCAGCUGCAGUCCAUGAUCAGGAGCUACUCCGACUUCAGCGAAAAUAACCGACUUAAAGGAGAGAUACACGAACUCAAACAGAAGAAUUGUGACCUGUCUCGCCAGGUGCGGGAAAUGGCUACUUUGCUGAACAACCGAGAAGAACAACGCGUGGAGCUGUGCACCGAACACGGGCACUUGGUGACAAGCUUCGAGAAUCAGUGCCAGGAGCUUAAGGCAACCAAUAGAAGAGUGCAGAGCUUGCAGUCAAAACUGGAUCAGCUGGAGCAGCUGCAGGAUGAGUUGAGGACAGAGCGCAAAAUGCUGCGGGAGGAGGUGAUCGCCCUGAAGGAGAAGGAAGCCGUAUCAGCGGGACGUGAGCGGGCACUUCAAGACCAACAGAAAAAUUUCCAUCUGGAGGUGGAGAAGCAGCGCCAAACAAUUAGCGAAUUACAUGCACAACUGCGCUUAGAGGAAGCCCGUUUCCAUGAAAGUCAACGGCAGAUGGAUGAGGUCAUGAAGUCUGUGAGGCAGGACAUGCGCGCCUCAGAGGCCAAGCACCAGCAAGUAGUGACCCGUCUGAAGCAGCAGACCGAGGUAAACCAGCAGCAGGAUCAGAUCAUCGGCUCGUUUCGCAAGUGGAAGGAUGCACAGGUCAGGGCCGACGAUGCGAUGCGCCAGUGCGCCAAGCGGGCCGAGGAGCACAUCCACAUGCUGCUGGAAGAGAACCAGGCGCUGGCCGAGGACUAUCGCAACCUCUUCCGGGACCACACGCUCCUGGAGACAGAGAUGUACCGGGUCAAGCAGGCGGUGAACUAUGCGUCCAGCUCCUCGUUGGCAUGCCCACCUCAGACGAGCGGUAGACGGACGAAUGCCGAGGCGGGAAACGAUAUGGACAGGCGACUGCAGAAUUUGACCAGCACCUCCCAGCGUAUUUCCAACCAGAACCGGACUCUCAACGAACAGUUCUGUAACCCCUUGAGUUCUCGUAGUCCGUCAGGAAUAGGUCGCCCGGUGGCGGAGUCCACAUUGAGGCCCAAAGGAUCCUCGGAUGAUUUGUCGUAAGACAGGACGUAUAACCUGGAAUUCCCCCUCCCUCCGUCCAUUUUAUCUAUGUUUUCACCCAAAAUCCCUAGGCCAACAAUAUUUUCGAGGCGCGUAAUUUGUAAAUUAUCUUUGUAAAUUGUGGUAGAAAAGAAAUAAAACCAAGUGCUUGUGUAGCUGGUCC